AUGCAUUUUGUAGGUACAAAACGCCAAAAAGGCAGUUCGGGUCCUUCGGGAUGUUCGAGGACUUCAAUUUCAAGUACACUACGACGUGCAUCAUCGGAUGACCCACAACCAGAACCGGGCUGUGAAAAUGCCACGUUCGAGGAAGAACCCGUGGAAACAUCUAAUGCAUAUGAAGAUGAAGAAGGAGAAUCGGAUGAAAAAGAUGAUGGGGUUCCAAGAAAAAGGACUAAAAGAAGGGCAGAGGCAUGGAAGCACUUUGAUCUGAUAAGGGAUAAAAAUGGCAUGCAAAGGGCAAAAUGCAAGCAUUGUGAAAAAAGUUACGCGGCCCAUACAAAAUUGAACGGUGGAACUUAUGAAAAAAUUGGUUUGCCCACCAAGUAUGAUUGGACCGUUGUGGAAAAAUUUGUGAAAGUGUUGCGUCAUUUUUAUGAUCUCACCCUCCGAGUUUCGGGUUCACUCUUUGUGACUUCUAACAUUUUCUUUGAUGAAAUAUUUGAAGUCCAUGAGCAUUUGAUGGAAUGGAUGUGUUGUGAUGAUAUUGAUUUGGUUGCAAUGGCAAGAAAAAUGAAAGAGAAGUUUGACAAAUAUUGGGUUGAUGUAGAGAAAUUUAAUAUGAUCUUGUAUGUUGGGUUUAUGCUUGAUCCCCGUCACAAGUUUGGCGUCCUACAUUACUAUUUGAAAAGUAUGUAUGGCUCGGCUCGUGGAGAAGAGAUAGCAAAUUUAGCUAAGAGUGCUCUUUAUGAAAUUUUUGAUGAGUAUAAAAAAAAUAGUGGCUUGGUGUCAUCAACUUCUACUUCACCGCCUUCUUCGAAUGUCGAAAAUGUUUCGUCGAGUGUAAUGGAUAAAAAGAUGCGAAUCCAAGAGUUGAUAUCCGGGAUUGGGCUUGAGGAAUCGGAGCUAGAUACAUAUCUAAAUGAACGCUUGGAAAAGGCUUCGAAAGAGGGCCUUCCGCAUUUGAGUAGCAUCCGAGAAGCCCAUUGGAACACUUUUCUCCCGUUGACGAGACCACCAGUGACGGCCCCAAAUACGAACAACACCGAAGCGGAGAGCCGUCCGAGAUGCCACAAGUCUCAGCCGCACCACGUCGAGGAAAGUCCAACCCGGUGCAGCCCUAGCGUCGGCGAUCGAUCUUCAGCCGUCCUCGCCCCCGCUGCUGCGCAGCAACGACCGCACCUUGAUGGGGAGGCAGAACGCCACCUCUCUGACAUCACUCCAAAUCGCCGCCCCCUGAGCCAACGGCGCCCAAUCCCAUCGUCGUCAAUAGCCAAUUCCAGCCAAGGGUAA